AUGCGAGCAUUUCAGUUUGCCGUCUCCGCUCUCGCCUUGCCGGCAGUCCUAGGAGCGAUAAACGACUUUGACACCUGGGAACAUGGCCGCGUUGCUUUGAACGACGUUAGCAUACACUUUCGAUAUGCCGGCUCUGGUCCACCAGCUCUGCUCGUUCAUGGAAACCCUCAGCAUAGCUUGACGUGGCAGUUCAUCGGUCCCAUUCUCGCCCAAAAUUACACGGUCAUUGCCCCCGACAACCGGGGCGCCGGAGAUUCAAGCAUUCCCCCUGACGGAAACUACAGUGCGACAGCAUCAGCUGCUGACCUGAAGGGCGUUUUGGAUUUUCUGAAUGUCUCUUCGGCAUACGUUUUUGCGCACGACAAAGGCGUCGGCAUGGCCACGGCCCUCGCCAUCCAGCACCCAAGCUUGGUCAAGAGACUUGCCAUCGCCGAAUAUCCCCUCCCAGGAUUCGGAUAUGAGCAAAGCUCCAACCCGGCGCCCUAUUGGGAUCUUUAUCAGAACUGGCAACUCGCCUUCUUCCAGGUUCCCGACUUGGCAGAGUUUCUCAUGUCGGGCAAAGAGAAGCAAUUUCUGGAAUGGUACUUUUUCCACGGCAGCUACUCCGGUCCCGCAAGCUUUAGUGAGGAUACGGUGAACAGGUACACUUCAAGUAUCUCAAAGCCAGGAUUCCUCAGAGCAAUGCUUGGCCCUUUUUCAAGCGCGACUGUUUACGAAGACUCUCAGUUCUUCCAGUCAAAGUUGAAUGGAAGCCGUCUGAGGGUGCCGCUUCUCGGAAUGGGAGGUGAAGCAAGUCUGGGAAUUAGAUCCAUUCUUCGUCAAUCUUUCGAACCAAUUUCCUCAAAUCUUCAGCUCGACAUUAUUCCAAAAGCUGGCCAUUGGAUUGCCGAUGAGAACCCAAGAUGGACUGCACGCCGUGUCGCCAAGUUUUUUGAAGAGGAUAAUUCGACGCUAGCUAGCAUUGACUUGUCUUAUUUGGAAGACCUGGUGACUCUUGAUGUUGGAUUCUUUGGCACGCGAAGAAACCUUGCUCUUGGCCAACAAUAG